UUUUUUCGCGACGGUAAAAAACGCGACUCUCCGCCAAUUGAAAUUUGUUAGUGGCAAAAUCCGUAAUGAAACAAUUGCUUUGCUUUUCUGCUCUCUAUCUCGUUUUUUUUUUUUUUGCACACAUCGCGGUCAUAGGAAGAACAACUUAAAACUCGCAACGAUUUAACGAACGUUUCUCUCUCCGUGUCAUAUUUUUUUACCUUGUUCAUAUUUGUUUGUGUUUUAAAAUUGCUCACACAUACACACGCGCGUAUUUGGAAAUACAUUUGCAUUUUUUUUUUUUAAAUAGAAGUUUCCAAGCCCCGAGGGAAAGUUCGUGAAAACUAUACGGGAGUCGAGAGACACUCAUUUUUUUUUGUUUGAUAAAAUCCUCGUGUGUGCGUGCGCGUCGUCUGUGUCUCCUUCCUCUCCCCUCUUCUCGCAGACCGUUCCAGACUUACGAUCGUGAGAUAAGUGUGUGGAGUGUACGCGAGAGAGCGAGAGACGAGGAGGUUAAAACACACACGCUAUUCGCGAGCGAUGGGGUUCGACGUGAAUCGCUUUCAGGGCGACGUGGACGAAGAACUCGUGUGUCCGAUAUGUUCCGGUGUGCUUGAGGAUCCCGUCCAGAUAAGUCCUAAUAUGUUGCAGGCACCAGUAUGCGAGCAUGCCUUUUGUCGUACCUGUAUCAAUGAGUGGAUAAAUCGUCAGCCUACCUGUCCCUUGGAUCGCACACCCAUCACAUCAGCUCAGCUUAGAGCAGUUCCCAGAAUCUUGAGGAACCUUCUCGCACGUUUGUGCAUCAAUUGCGACAAUAUUGUGUACGGCUGCAACACGAUCGUCAAACUGGACAGCUUGGCGUCUCACUUGGAGCAGUGCGAAUACAAUCCGAAGAGACCAAUGUUGUGCGAGCAAGGUUGCAGUCUGAUCAUCCCUAAAAACGAGCUCAAGGAUCACAAUUGCGUGCGAGAACUUCGCAAUCUGAUACAGUCGCAGCAACAGAAACUGGCCGACAUGAAACGCGAGCUCGGCGAGCAGCAGCUGCAGAUCAAUCAACACAAGCGCGAGAUACAUCUGUUGAAGGAUUUUAUGCGCGCUCUCAGAGUGUCGAAUCCAGCGAUGCGAGCGAUCGCCGACCAGAUGGAACGGGACGAAGUUGUCAGAUGGUCCGCGUCCUUACCUCGCGCCAGGGUCACCAGGUGGGGCGGCAUGAUCUCCACUCCGGAUGAAUUGUUGCAGACAAUGAUAAAGAGAACCCUGUCGGAGUACAAUUGUCCACCGCAUGUGAUCGAUGAGCUGAUGGAGAACUGCCACGAGAGAAAGUGGCCGCCGGGCUUAAAUUCCCUCGAGACCAGACAGAACUCGCGACGGCAGUACGACAAUUAUGUAUGCAAGCGAGUACCUGGCAAGCAAGCUGUGCUGGUACUACAUUGUGAUAACACGCAUAUGCCGGAAGACAUGAUGGUUGAACCGGGGCUAGUAAUGAUCUUCGCUCAUGGCAUUGAGUAGAAUCGUUGAGAGUCGUAUGUGAAUAUGACUUUUUUAUUGAACAUUUCACUAUGGAACCAGGAUCAUCGAUGUCGCUUUGCAAAUUACAAAGAGUGAAUAUUGAAGAAUGAAUAUUGAAAUUUGUUCUUCCAUCAUUUGCGAACUGACAUGGAUGGUUCUGGAUCCCCACUCAGGAUUGACUCGACCGAACGCGUCAAGAUUUAUUUGGAAAAAUAUUCCGGGAUACAUUCGUCUCGUUUAUGGCUGGAAUCGUAAGAUUGCAAGAGCCUUUGCAUACAUUUAAAAACAAUGAUGCACACACUGUCGCCCUUUGUGAUACGCAAUUCUACAGGCACGAUUGCACAUACAGGGUCGAUCAGGACAUUUAUUGUAAUUGACGCAAGAAAUUCUCUAAGCAGUGCAGAUCACUUGCACUACUCUGCUGAACCCCACAUUGAAGCCUGCCAGAAGCUAUUAUAAGUUAUCUGAGUACAAAAGCAUAUAUAACGUAUAGCUACUUUGACCGAGAAAGUGUUCAAAAGUGUUCAUAUGUAUGUUGUAUAUUUAUAUAAAAAAAAAAAAAAAAAACAACAACAAAUACAUAUUAUAUAAUACGUUCUAAAUAAUAUAAUGAUAUAACACACAUCGAACGUUUUGAUUUAUGCUUUUGCAUUUGAACAACUUUUUACGUACGACUUUACGUAACGCGAUCUUUAAUGUGCAUCAAUGCGGAGUAGUGUGCGAUCAAAUCUGCUCUAAAAAAAAAAAAUCAGAACACAUUUCUUGUCAUAAUAGGUUCGGCUUGCCAUUAUCGGUUACCUUGACCGAAUCUUCGCAGAAAAACUCAAUCGAGUGUCUGGAUUGUUACACUGUGAUAUUCCACGUCGGUGAGAAACCUACUUUAAAGGUGCGUGAUAAAUGACCAUUCUCGAUCGACCAGUCGAUCAAACGAAUAGUGCAUUUUUCUUUUCACCGGCAGUCCGUUUAUCGUAUUCAUUUCAGGAUCGUUUAUGGAUACCUAGAAGUCUGUGAGUGUCUAAAUAUAAUAUUUUAGAAGAUUAAGCGAGAGAUGAUCGAAGAGAAAAACAAAAAUCCACAUUGUGACUCGAUAAUGCAAACAUGAGAUCUCGAAUAAUGGGGGAAAUAGAUUCGUUAUCACUGUGAUCCGUUUUUAAACAUUUUUACACGUGUGUGUCUCAGAAGCCGCGUUUUUUCUUCUGACAAACUUUUUCACUUCUCUGCGAUUUAUUUUGUUCUUUCUUAAAUUUCUUUACUUUUGUAAAGUUUUCAUCUAUUAUACAUUUGUGUACGUCAUAAGUAAGUCCUCCAUAAGCCACCAGACCUACUUAAAGCACUCCCUACGAAUUGUUGUCAAUUAUUGUCUUUGUUUAUAAAUUCUAGUAAUAUAUGUCGCAAAUAUUUGUUGCUCUUAGUUGAUAGCACGUUUUACUUGCUUGUUGUAUCAUAUCAUGCUGAGAUGUCUUAUUGUAUCUUUUUGCUCUGAAAGAAGUAUUCAGUUGAAAAUAUCUGCGAAGUUCCGUAUUAUUUAACACACCAAUCAAUUUCAUUAUUAUUGUAGUAGCCGAAUUAGUUUUAUUGCACACAUCAUUGAUUUACGGUUUGCGAAUUGUGUAACGUCAAAAUAUGACUUUUUUUUUCUUCGUAUAGUAUUUUUUCUACGGUAUAACAUAUAUGUACACAAUAGACCCAGCAGAUGUAAGUCAAGAUCACAAAGCGCAACACUUUUUUUUUUUUUUUUUUGUCGACGACAAUCGAGUGAUCCAAGUUUGUAAACGCGUAAUAAAAAAGCAAUGAAAAAGCUAUUUGUAUGUCAAGAUAAGAAUCGUUUCUCUCUCGACAAAAAAAUGAUCUUGUAAUGCCCUGUCAAUGCAUUAGAUAUCGUGCUUUAAUUUACGUUUAAGAGAUCUUCGAGAAAAGUCAUAUAUAUUGAAGAAAGCCACAGAAAAUAACCCGGAGAAUAUUAAGAACACAAGAGAAUCGUAUUUGAUAUCUUUUAUAUCUCUUUUUUCGUUCAAAACAAAAAAAAAGAAAAAAAAAAUAACACUCUCGACAAACGCCACUAAAAAAAAUCACGAAGUAACAUAAACUUGUAAGUAAAUUAGAGUUUUAAACACAUAAUGUGUUGUAUACGUAAAAAAGAAAACAAACAAUUGUAAAACAAUUCAGCAUAAUAAUAGAUUGAUCAUAUGUAUAUACGUAUGCAUACAUAUUAAUGCUAAUAAACCAGAUGUUUAUUUACGCAUAUUAUAGAUGAAUUUUCGAUAUACACUUUGUAUUUUUAUUUUUUUCUCUCUCUUUUUCUCUCUCACUCCAAACGAGUUAUGCAAUCCGCAAAUUCCGUGCAGGAUUAUGUGUACGAUGUAAAUGAGAUGUAAUUGCAACAGUUAAAUUUUAAUACUUUUUUUUUUUUUUUUUUACUUUAAACGCAACACACAAUCGGUAAAAACUAUUUUCUUUUAUUCUCGUUCGCAAUACGAAGUAUCAAGUGUAUCGGUCAAUAAUCAAUAAAUAAUCGGUAAUAUCAUUGUUUACAAUAAAAAUGUUCCAUAAUUCUUUUGAGUUAAAAAAAAGAAGAAAAACAUUUCACGCACACAUUUUCCAAGUUUCAAUUUUAACGCUUAUCAUUUUUGAUCAUUUUUGCGCAGAACGAUUUACUUUUACUAAGUUAAACGUAAUUUUUCAUUUGCACAUAGUUUUCACGAUUGCACUCUUUCACUUCACGUAAUACUUGUGUAUGUGUGUGUGUGUGUGUGUGUGUUCAACUAACAGUCGCAUUAUUUUGUUUUUCGCUGCAGCGUAAUAGUUUCCAACACAUUUGCGUUCAUGCAAAUCAAGUAAAUAAUUUGUUUGUCACAAAUUUCGUUUGAAGUUUUCGAACACUUCCGAAUGAUAGAAACGUAAAUUGUUUAAAUUUUGAUCACUAUAACGAAACAACAACGAUUGCGCGCAUUUUGACGAGGAGGAGCAGGCGAUUAUUUGAGAGAACAAUGAUUUUCGCGCAUCAGUCACACAAAACAAUAUCAAGACUGAAUCAAAAAAAAAAAAAAAAAAAAAAAAAAA